AUGCCAACUGCAAAAGAAGAACUUCCAGAUUUUCGUGAAGCCUUCAGCUUAUUUGACGAUCGUGGAGAUGAUAAAAUUCCAAAACAUCUAUUCGGCGAAGUGGUCAGAGCCUUAGGAUUAAAUCCAAACGAAGCGCAAAUCAAAGGCACGGUACAAAAUUUAAAAACUGAUCGAAUAUCAUUUGAAGAAUUUAUACCUUUGUAUGAUUCAUUGGCAAAAAAGAAAGAUAAUAAUAUGACCGAAGAAGAACUUAUUGAAGGGUUAAAAGUAUUCGAUAAAGAACAAAACGGCAGUAUUUCGUCAGCUGAACUUCGACAUCUAUUAACCAAUCUAGGCGAACGAUUAUCAGACGAAGAAGUUGAACAAUUACUUGCGGGUUUCGAAGACAAAAAUGGCCUUGUUAAUUAUGAAGAAUGGAUUCGAAAAUUACUUCGUAACUAA